GUUUGGAUUAAAUGGAAAAAGGAAGUUAAAAUUGGGGAGUGGAAUUGACACCGCCGGAGUUGGCUUCGAACGUCCUGCUUUCAACGAAACCAAGGGCAUUCGACGGCUACUUCCUGUUCUCCUACUGUUCUCUGAAAUGGGUUACAUUCAGGAAGCUCGAGAGAAUCAUGUGAAGAAGAAAGUAGAGGAAGCUUUGCGCAGCAAAAUGAAGCAGAAGGCGAUGAAGGAAUGCGACCAUUACGCUUCGAAAUAUGCUGAAUGCGCCUACGGCAGAACGUUAUCCGUCGUUUUCAAGUGUCGCAAUCAAGCUAAAGAAUUGAACAAUUGCCUUCACCAAUACACCAACGACACCGUGUUGGAAGAGAUGAAGCGGGAAUAUGCACUUCAACAUGAUGGGAAGCCGUGAGGAAAAGUAUCAACAUCAUUCAAUGAGAAAACUGAAGAGUACUGUUAUGGGUCAAUCUCAGGUGCACUUUCAGACGAUACUAUGUUGAAUUUGUCACUUGAAGUAUUGAUAUUAGUAAGAACAUAAUGAAAGUUGAGGCUUUAUGGAUUUUGUGAUCUGGAUAAGCAAAGGAAUUCUAUUUUAUUUGGAUAAGAAUGAUCUUUCAUCUCUCCUUCAUAGUGUAAACUUCAAAGCUAUUCUUCUUUGUCAAAAAUCUUUACCAGGAAUGAGUUCCAUCUGCCAUUAAGGCUCCUCAUUGAUAGAUUGAAGGGAGCCAUUUCUGAUUUAUGGAUUCCAUCCUUCUUGCCUUGCUUGGAGUGUAAAAAGGGAUGAGCAAUAAAUCAUGAAGUUCAAGAUUUUA